AUGAAGAUUACACAAGUUGGUGUGUUUCCCGCGACGGCAGCAUUAGUAUUGACUUUCACCUACGGCUACUCAUUUAUUGAUAAUAAUCCAGCAAAGGUUUCAAAGGCUUCGACGAGCUUAAGCGUUAAUGAAGAGAGCCACAUUUAUGGUGGUACGGAAGCGGAUAUUGACGAGUACCCGUUUCUUGCUAGUCUUCGCGAUCCUGAUAUUAACGUGGUUACUUGCAGCGGCACACUCAUUGCCCCCCAGUACAUUCUUACAGCAGCACACUGCACCAUGAAGAUAAAAAAUCUUGUCGCUAUUUUUGGAACAAAUUAUAGCUCUGGUUAUGAUUUAGAGGAGGUGCAAUUCCGUGUUGUUACACAAUAUCGUCACCCAUUGUAUGUAAAGAAAACGCAUUUGUACGACGUGGGUUUGCUUAAGUUGGAGAGACCGGUUAGACGUAAACCAGCAAAGUUAUGCGCACGUGAUGGAUCUGACAACAUGCCUGGGACUAUGGCCACUGCCCUCGGUUGGGGAAAGACCGAGGACGCUAACAUAAGCACGAUUCUAGAGGAGGUAACGCUUCCUAUCAUCUCCAAUGCAGAGUGUAGCAAGUUUGAAAAGUACAUUGGUCGCGUCAGGGACUGCAUGCUGUGUGCUGGCAGAGGAAAUGGCAAGGACACAUGCAAUGGAGACUCUGGUGGCCCCCCUACUUGUCAACGACAACAUUCUUGUUGGUUGUGUAAGCUGGGGAAGCAAGUGCGUCGUCGGACUCACCAAUGCAAGGGGAUCUAUCCUCCCCCGACUUUGUCAGGAAAAGUGUCUACAGACGCAACGAAUACUGAUUCGGUUCAAAAUUCAGUCGUCCUAUCAUCCGUGUCUAAUCCGAGAUCAUCCGAUAAUUACGUUUAUUCGGUGCCAUCCACCGCGGACACCGCUCUUGAUGACGACCAAAUUGAUCAGUUGAUAGACAAACUUUUAAGUAGAGGCAGUGAUGAGAAUUCAGGGAUAGCUGAUGAUAAGUACAGCGACGAACCUGGUGCAGAUGGUGACAAGCCAACAAAGAUGUCCGGAACAGUCAAGUCAAGUGAGAUGCUUGGCGUCGUCGGACCGACGUUGUCGGACUCACCAAUGCAGAAGGAGCUGACCUUUCCGACUUUGUCAGGAAAAGUGUCUACAGACGCACCGAAUACUGAUUUGGCUCAAAAUUUAGGCGACCAGUCUUUGUUUUCCACCGACCAAAUCAAAAAGGUGUUGAAGGCUUUGAUAGCUGAAGGCGGUGAAGAUGGCCAUAUGACGAUGGAACUUUUAACUGGAAGUAGUGAUGAGAGCGACAAAACAGGGAUAGCUGAUGGUAAGUACAGCGACAAACUUGAUGGUACGGGUUACAAGCCGAUAAAGAUGCCUGGAACAGUCAUGUCAAGUGAGACGCCUAGUGACGCUUCUAGUGUGCUGGAAAGCGCCGAACAGGCUUAUUUGGCAAAGGAAGGUAAGGCGAAGAUCUCACUUGAGUCGUCAGAGGCAACCGUUGACGAACCGUACUCUCCUAACACGGAAAAUUCCGUUCUUCAAUCAGUUGUUCAAAGUGACAUGAAUCCCUAA